AUGGCUGCGCCCCCUCUUCCCUCUCCCUACGACUCACUCACCUCUCCCCGCGGUCUCCCAUUCCCCCCCUUUUGCCCAGCUCCUGCUCUCCGCGCGUCUCUCCUGAGUGUUCCCACUGACCCUCCUCCCUUCCUGCCCGUUCCCAUCGCCGUGCCGACGAGUAGUGACUCUGCUCCCAUUCCCUCAGGCCGGCUUCACGCGGCUGACGACUCGCUGGUUGUGGCGACCACUCCUCCCUUUCCUCGCCCUGCUGUCGUAUGCCAUGCGGCGAGCGGCCUGCUUCCUCCCGCCUACCCCCUCGCCAACGGCGCCGGUCGGGCGACCGCGACUCUCCUCUGGGCCCUUCCCCCCACCGCUGCUGCGUGUGCGGUGAGCAUGAUCCUCCCUUCCGGCGCCCCUCCCAGUGCCGCUGCGUCUCUGGCGAGCGAUGCUCCCCGCCACGGCUUCCUCCAUGUGCCUGGGGUCGAGCCUCCGGACUUCCUGCUGCAGCGCAUCGCGGGCGUACUGCCAUUCCAGACGGUUGGGGUCCGUGGCACGUGA